CUGUCGUAUCAAUUUGUCUACAAAAUUUUCUACUGUUAUAGUGGUGAAAAGUGUCGUAAAUAUUAUAGGAAAAGUUUUUUUUUUGUUGCAGAUAAAGAUUGGACAUGGAAAGACUGGACAGAAAAGGUGAAAUAUACGAAUCGACCAAUAUCGCAUUCGCUGUUAAAAUUAGAAGGAAACGAAAUGGAUAAACUUGCAGUCGAUUCAUUCCUGUGUAUUAUGCGAUACAUGGGUGAUGAGAAUCUGAAACGUGGUCAAACACUGACAGACUGUGUUUAUGAACUGUUGGCUAUAUGUCAUCAGAAUAUGCGAUUACGCGAUGAAAUUUACUGCCAAAUUGUUAAACAAGUUACCAACAACAGAAGUCCAAAAACAAACAGUGCAUCUCGAGGAUGGCGAUUGUUCUCAAUACUCUGUGCUUACUUUGAUUGCUCUAUCGUGUUUAGACCAUAUCUAUUAAAAUAUCUUGCCGAUGUAGCUGAUGAUCCGAAAAGAGCAUUUCACGGUACUGCUGCGACAUGCCUGCAAAAUCUGAAAAAAACAUUUAGUUAUGGUGGACGAAAGUUUUUGCUGAGUGGAGCCGAAAUAGAAGCGAUCACUCCGGGUCCUAAUAAGCAAACGAUUAGUACUAACACCGUUACGGUUGCUGAAGAGAUCAUACAGGUGAUGUGCCAGGAGCUGAAUGUACUUAGUCCCGCAGAGCAGCAAGAGUUUUGCCUAUGUGCUAUUAUAAAAAAUACAAGUAAAAUGAUCUCAAAUGAUGAAUAUAUAUUGGAUAUUUGUACCGAAAUGGAGAUGGGUAAUAAAGACUUUUACUUCAUACUGAAAAGAAUUGUCUGGAUACAUCCAUUACGAUUAGACAACAGUUUAUACAUGGAUUUCAUGUUUUUUCAGAUACAUGACGCUAUAGAUGGUGAAAAGCAUACUAGAAACUGUAUACUUGUUAUAAACAAGCACGGUCUUAAGUUCACGAAUGUCGCAGACCGACAGAUUCGUGAUAUACCAUUAAACCAGGUAAAGAAUAUAUUCGUUUUUCUUUUAUGCCAGAAAAAAAAGAAAGAAUUUGACUGA